AUCGUUUUGGUUACCGUUGUCGUUAUGGUUACCGUUAACUGUUGUGUCCCACAGGGCCGGCGGGAUGCGGAGCGGGGCCGGGACUUUGGCCCCGUGUCCGGCGCCGCGGCGUCCUUCAGCGGCCGCUACCUGUCGUGGAUCACACGGUUCUACGAGUUCUACACAGCGCCCGUCGUCAAGUUCUGGUUUCACACAAUGUCGUACCUGGCCUUCCUGAUGCUGUUCUCCUACGUGGUUUUGGUGAAGAUGGGGGACCGGCCCAGUGUGGAGGAGUGGAUCGUCAUCGCGUACAUCCUGUCCACCGCCGCCGAGAAAACCCGAGAG